GGGGUGAGAGGUCGAGAAAGGGACGAUUGUUCUUUCAGGCUGCGUCAGUAGUGUGUGUUUGUGUGUCUGUCUGAGAGAGAGAGAGAGAGAGAGAGAGAGAGAGAGAGAGAGAGAAGCAAAAGAUGGAGAAAUGGAGGGAGUGGCUACUGGUGGCGAUGGUAGUCGGAGGUAUGGUUCUGGCAUUGGCGAGGCCGUCUGAUGGUGGGUCGGGAGCUGCUGCACCCGCCUCGCCAUCGAGGCCAGUAGCUCGUCGUUCUCCAUCGUCCUCCGCUGCUGAGAACGCGCUGGCAAAAGCUAUAACUGCAUCUAACGGCGCGGGGAAAGGGAAGGUGGUCGUGUUGACGGGCGAUGUGCUCUUGACGAAAGCACUCCCACUCAUCCCGUUCGAAGGCAAUCUUGUGCUACGUGGCAGCUGUGGAAGACGCAAGUGCGUGGUCGAUGGCGCAGGGAAGUUUGCUAUCUUUAUGACAUACACGCCAGGGUGUUGGAUCACGCUCGAGAACCUGGAGUUUCGCAACGCGAGGGAUGGUGCCGUUAGCGGAAAAUGCAGCGUGAUUAUCAAGGACUGUGUCUUCCGGGGAAAUAGAGGGGCGCCCGUCGUCGCUUUAGGCAUUGGCGAUCCCACGUUCAAUGUUUCUAGCACUGUUUUCGUGGAUAACAACUCAAAUUCCACUUGCGGCGCUCUGUGCAGCUCCUCACGCGGAGGAGGCAGACUCUCUAACUGCUCGUUCAUCCGUAACAGCGCUAUGGGCGAUGGCGGCGCAGUUUAUCUUUGGGGUGUAGGGUCGAAGCCGCUGCUGAUCGAAGACUGCACUUUCGACGGCAACACCGCUGGCGCUUCCGGAGGCGCUCUCUAUAUCGAGCCUAACGGUAUCGAGACGUACGCCGAUGUCUACGUGUUCGACACGCAGUUCAAAGGCAACCGAGCGAAGACCAUUGGUGGAGCCGUCACUCUCUUGUCCGACAUCAAGGGGCAUUUCUGCGGCGGCGGCAUGUCAGGCAACGCGGCAGGUAGCGGGAAAGGCAAUGACCUCGCUCUGAUCCAGGCGGGAUCGCUUCCCGUUUUUGUCAACUUCUGCCCCCGACCUCCGAAACUGAGUGUUCAUGGAGUUCCAAGUAUGAAUGAGGUCGCUGUCGUGGACAACUGUCGGCUUUGUGGUGUCUCCGAGACGCAGUGCUCCUUCCCGUUCAAGUGAUAGCAAGGUUUUCAUUGUCAGUCACGUCGAUGGAUGCCGCUUGUGCUCCCUUUUGUUUCGUUACCUGGUCCGCUGCUGGCUGACCACGCGCAUCGAUUGGCUGUUUCAUUGCUGUUCAUUCUUCUUGAGCGAGUGCUCUCCUGUGACGUCCUGAUUGUCCGAUCAUUGGGGGCACGUGCUUGUGACAACGUGAUGCUGCUUGACAGAACGUGAAGCGUGUACGUUGUGUUUCUUGCUAGAACGUGUUGGUACUCUGUUCAGUUCUCCGCCUCCCUCUGUUUCUCCUUUUCCACACUCCAUCGACGAUAUUGUGGUAUUCGGCGUGUUCUCUGCCGGCGCACGACUGCUGUCGUCCUGGGUACGCACAUGUACAUGUUCUCUGCGUGCGACGUUUACGCUCUUCUUUUAGCAGACGAUGAUGGGGUUAUAGUCAGAGAUUGCUCAUAGAUUCUUUACGCUAGAAAAUGUACUCUAGAACCCAAGUAGAGAGGGACCCUGCGCAAGUCUGACACGCUUAAAUCCAGAAGGCGCCUGACAUUCGCUUCGAAUCUUUGCAGGUCAGGUUAGAUGAGUUAUGGAGUUUUUUAAGUUGCUUCCUUGUGUGCUGCUGAUGUCAUUAUAUUAGCUUUUUUUCAGAGUCGUUUGUAUUGGAAAUCCUGUUAGUAGCUUGAAUUCAUUACAACAGUUGUGGAUCUGGUUAAUCAACCAAAGGUGUCGUGGUACGUCUGUUCGUGCCAGUCAGUUCAAGGUUGUGUUGUCAGAUUUGUUUCGCUUUGGCUCCUCUGUCCCAAUGCGCUGUCUGUGCUGUCCUCUUGGUGUGUCCCUGUGCUUAUCCGAGAGAUAAAGAGGAAGAUGAAGAUGCUUCAUCUGUCUUGGAUCACAGUGCAUGUGUGUUUGCGUCACUCGACUGUUCCUUUUUGUUGUGUGUGCGUGCGUGCGGGGUGAUUGUUAUCGGUGCUGCUGAUGUUCUUCUGCUAUGGGAUGGUUCGGUUGUUAUGGAAGGAAGCAUGCGUCUUUCGGUCGCAAGCAGGAAAGUUUGGACAGCGCGAGCGGGAGAGAGGUCAAAACACGGAAGUUCGGGCAGUGGGAGUUGGCGAGAAAUCGCUGUCCGGAUUUGGCUGUUUCAAUUGAAUUGAAGUGGUGCUUGUACACUACUGUUAAGUGGGUGUGAUGAAGCGGAGAAGGUUAUUAAGUAACAUUGCAUGCUCAGAGCUGAAGGAGUUUGUUACGUGGAUUUUAUAACUUACCGUUAUGGAGUCAGCUUUUGUUUAGCAUUAUGUUAAAGUUCUUGGAGAACCGGGUUUUGUUGGUCCCUAACACGGUCAUUUAUUCGAAACUCUUGACUGUUGUAGAGAAGUUGACAUGUUACUUCGCCAAAUUUUCUGUUUGUUCUGAAAUGGCUUGAAAAAGUUUUGUUUUUCUGAAAUGGACUACUUAAAUUUUGGUGUUCGGAUUUGAACGACUACAGCACUGGCAUGGUUGAUCACAGGAGAAAAGAGCUGCACUUUGCGUGAUUUCUUUUCGUUCUUGCGCUAAAACACACACAGCCACAUCUACUGAGGGGGGCUACAGUCCGGUUGCUCUGUGUAAUUGCGAGGAGCUGAGUUGGCGGAGUUUGGAGAACUGAAAGAGCUCUUUUUGAUAACUAAGCAACUGAACGAG